UUGGUUUGUCAUAGUUGCAGAUACAAAGCCAAAGUCGCUGUACCUUUAAUAUCUCUGUCUCUUUCUCCUUGCCGUCGGACCAGCGGAAAAAGCUUUCUGCAUUGUGAUUUUACAAAGGUUCAAGUUCAUUGACGACCGGUGCUGGAUUUAAUUUGUGGUAAUGCAACAUGACAGAAAAGUGGAUGAAGCGAAAAAGUUUUAAUUGAGGAAUGAUGGUGGUGUAUUGAAAAACUCUCUUCUGAAGCUAUUUCUUAGCAAUGGAAAAAACGAAAUGGUGCGAACGCCUUUUUGGCAAAAAACUCAUCAAGUGCGACUCGGUCAACAACUCAAACGAAUUCGAUUUAAUUGCAACAAACGAAGUGUUGCAGAAUACAAACAUCAUAGGGAUAUACUUCUCGUUUGCCAACAUAAAUCUGCAGAGUGACGAGGUCAUCAAGAAGUUACGGGAUUUAUACGACAGACUCAGAAAUGAAAACUGUGGUGAUGCCAAAAAAUUGGAAGUAAUACAAGUGGUGAUGUGGGCUCAUAACGACAACUAUGGAGAUUUCGAGAGCAGUCACAGAGACAGCUUACAGGGAUUGCCCUGGUUUGCCAUGCCUUAUAGUGAGAUAGUUUUAAAGACGAGAUUAUCGAGAAGAUAUAGAAUAAAAUCGGGGGUACCUACACUAGUUCUAUUAGACAGAGAAGGAGCUACGAUUAGUAUAUCGGCCCAGGAACGACUAAUAGAAGACCCUUCAGGCACAUACUUCCCAUGGAGGCCACGUCCUGUAGAUGAUGUUCUGAAAGACGUAGUCCUUCAACCAGGUGGUAUCUAUCCUUCAGAACACAAGAAUUGCCAAGAAGACAUCCGCUACAGCGACAUACCUCCUGGUAUAAGGGGGUUUUACUUCUCUGCUCACUGGUGCCCUCCGUGUCGAGCUUUCACUCCACAGCUCGUCGAGGCUUAUCAAAUGAUCAGGAAGAAGGACCCUAGUUUCGAGGUUAUCUUCGUUAGCAGUGAUAGGAGUGCCGAGUCAUACAGAGCCUACACCGAAACAAUGCCAUGGUUGUCAGUCCCAUUUCAACAGACUGCGGUAAGAGCAGAACUUGCCGAAUUGUACGGCAUCAGAGGAAUUCCAACCCUGCUGCUUUUAGACAAUAAUGGACACAUUAUUACAAGGGACGCUAGGACGGAGUUGGCGGACGACCCAUUAGUACAGAACUUUCCUUGGAAACCAAAGCCGGUGAACAUUUUGACAGACAGGUUUUUGACAAGUUUGCACGAUUAUCCAGCAGUUGUGUUAUUUGUUGAUGGCGAAGACACGGAAGUUCAAUUUGCAGAGUCUGUUUUACUACCAACUGCAGAGAGUUACUACAAAACGCACAACAUAAGUCUGAGUUGUGUCCAAGAGGGUUAUUUCCUGGAUUCUGAAGACGACACCUUCCUGCAAUUCUUCGUCGGUGUGGACAGCGAGCUGUCAGACAUCUUAAGGGACCUUAUAGGUCUAGACGACGUCAUUCCCCUUCUGAUUGCCCUCGACUUGCCAAAUACGAGAUACGCGAUAAUGGAGUACGGAUUAGAAAUUACAAACGAAACCGUAGACGAGUUCGUGGCGAAACUUCAAAAGAAUGAGUUGAAUUACAUUAAUAUGACGGAAGAGAGAGUAGAGGCUUUAUGUAACUUCUUUUUUAAGAUAUAAGAAUUUGUGAAGUAAAAUUUAUUAGUUUUGUGACUCGUUUUUGUAUUGAGUAGGCCGACAUAAAGUUUAUAUCAU